AUGAAUAAUUUAAAUAGCGAUGAUAUCAAUAUACUUGAUUUGCCUGAUGAAAUUUUAUUCAUGAUUUUUAAGAAACUCAAUUCAACUGAUGUACUCCAUUCAUUGGUUGAUAUUAAUAAACAAUUUCGUCGAUUGGCACUUGAUUCUCUUUAUGUUCGUGAUCUUGAUAUGACUGAUUUCGUGACUAUUAAUUCAUUGUAUGAUCAAACUUCUUCAAUAGAUACUAAAAUUCUAUCAAAAAUUUAUGAAAAAAUUCUACCUCGCAUCCAUCAUCAAGUACAUAAACUGACUAUUGAACAAUAUUCAAUGAAAAAUAUUCUGCUUGCUGCUAUUUACCCUAAACUUUAUUAUUUAUCACUUAUUAAUUUUCAAGAAGAAAUACUAUAUCAAUAUUUAACAAAUGAUUUAAUUCUUCGCGAUCUUAUGAAACAAAUAACACAUCUUAAUAUUGAUACUAAAAAUAAAACAGAAUAUUGCUCUGUAACUGUUUCGAAGAUUUUUGAAAUAAUCUUAUCUUUAUGUAAAAAUUUAACUUCUUUAAAUUUUUGUGAUAUGUUUCCUAUAAGAACGAAUCAGACGUCUAUGUUUUAUCUAUCAUCAAAACGUCAUAUGUCUUCAACUUUAAUAAAGUUGAAAAUUAAUGUUGCCAGUUUGGUUGAUUGUCUUUAUCUUCUUGAUGGUCGUCUCGAUUCUUUAACAAUCUUAAUUAUUAAUGUGCGUCAGAUUUUUGAUCCAGUAAUAGAUAUCGGUUCAAGGAAAAAGCUUCCCAAAUUGAAAUAUUUUUCAUUUACCGCUUCUACUUUCACAUGUUAUUAUGAUAUUCUAAUUGUUCCAUUACUUUGUCGAAUGAUAAAUCUUGAAGAAUUGAAAUUAUAUCUAUCAUUACAAAGAUUUAACUCGACUUAUAUUGAUGGUAUUCAAUUAUAUGAUCAAUUUCUUGGUUGCAUGACACAAUUAAAGAGAUUUAUAUUUUGGAUUAAUACAAAAGUCUUCAACGAGACAGCUAAUGUUGAACUUCAAUCAAAUAAAGAUAUUCAACACAGUUUCAUUGGAAGAGGAUACGAACAAGUUGCUUCAUAUGUUCAUACUAAUUCAACGAACACUAGAGGCCAAUGCAUUAUUUAUUCACUGCCAUAUGAUUUCGAAAAUUUUGUUGACCUCGACAAUUCUUUUCAAGGUGGAGUCUUCUAUAAAGUUCGACAAUUGACAAUGAGCGAUAGAAUUUCUUUUGAACAUCAACUUUUUCAACGAAUUUCUGCAGAUUUUCCUUUUCUCCAAAUUUUGUAUAUAUCUAACAGUCAUCCACAAAACAACAAAUCAUAUUCAUCAUUAUUAAUCACUUUUCCUUAUCUCAAAUUUCUUGACCUUCAAUAUGCACAUGUUAACUAUGCUGAACUGUUUCUCUUGAAAAACAAUGUUCACCUACCUCGUUUGUUAAAUCUUCGUGUCGAAUAUGAAUCACUCGCAAACUUAACGAAUAAUUUCACCAAUGAUGCAACAUAUUUCAAUUUCCAUACAUUGAAAAGUCUUGAUGUAUGUCAAUCAUUUGUUCGUCCAGAAAAUUUUCAUCAUUAUUUUCCUUUAUUAUAA